ACACGAUGAGCUACCUACGAGUCAUGAUGCGACCUACUCGAGGUGCGAGGAUCAUCUACGCUGGAAGCACCUGGCUUAGUCCACCUGAAAAGUUCCAAACAACCCAACCUGCAACCCGCAACUUCUCCAUGGACAGCACCGUAACGUCUCUGUGGACGACCAUGUCACAGAGCACGCCGGUAGCGUACGUCCAGCAAGGUCUAGUCAACAUCCAUGACUUCACCGGGCUUCCCUGGUGGGCAUCGGUCAUCCUGUCGACCGUACUGAUGCGAUCGCUCGUCACACUUCCUCUGGCCAUCUAUCAGAACAAAAUCGUUGCCCGGCUGGAGAAGAUCUCCCUGGAGAUGCCCGAGAUCGUGAAGGGGCUCAAGCUGGAAACCGCGUACGCGAUUAAGAAGUACAACUGGACGGAACAAGAGGCGCGGAUAACGUACAAUCGAUCGCUCAAGAAGCAGUGGGACAAGCUGGUUAUCCGCGAGAACUGUCACCCAGCCAAAACGAUGAUCGUGCUGUGGGGACAGAUACCGCUGUGGGUGAUGAUGUCCGUUUCGUACCGGAACAUGGUACAUAUGCUGCCCGAUCCGGGCUCGAUUGAGGCCCAGAUUACGUUCACCGAGCUGACGCUGGGCGGGUUUGGCUGGAUACCGAACCUGACCGAGGUGGACCACUCGCUGAUACUGCCGGUCGCGAUGGGAUUGAUCAAUUUGGCAAUCAUUGAGAUUCAAAAUGCUGCUCGAACUCGAGAGUCCUCCAAACUACAACGAAUAUUCACCAACGUGUUCCGAGGCCUCAGCGUUCUGAUGGUUCCGGUUGCCGCUACUGUACCAUCGUGCCUCUCCCUGUACUGGGUCACCUCGAGCGCUUACGGACUGUGCCAGAACCUGAUGCUGAUGUCCCCGCGAGUUAAACGCCUAGUUGGUGUUCCUCAAGUACCUUCCGAGCUGGCCAACCCGUACCAACAUGUCCGGGAGAAGUUUGCCCAGAGAGGAAGCGCACUGUUGAGCAAGGUCGGACUAAGUUCAAAGUAGCAGGGCUUUUAACAAUAUGGAAAACUAGCUUUAUUAUACAAUAAAAAAUGUUACAAAUA